AUGAGCAAAUUAAUAAAUAAAUGGGUUGGUGCUUAUGAUGGCGCUAAGCGUAUGCAAGGAAGCGGUUGGUCGGAAGAUGAUGUUAUGGCAAAAGCCCAGGAAUUAUAUGCAUGUGGGAAGAAUGUGCAAUUUACUUUAAAGGAAGAAUGGCGCGCUCUGCGAGAUCAACCACGGUAUGGUAGUCAAAUGGGAGGAAAUGUUGACUCGGGAAGUAGUGGAUCUAAGAGAUCUUACGAGGACUCUGUAGGAUCUAGUGCUCGUUCAAUGGGAAGGGAGGCAGCUAAAAAAAAAGGUAAAAAGAAAAGCAAGGACGAGACCUUGGAGAAGGUGGAAAAGGAGUGGGUUCAAUUCAAAGAAUUAAAGGAGCAAGAGAUUGAACAAUUGAAAGAGUUAACUUUGGUGAAAUAA